AUGGCCACUCCUGAUGUGGAUGAAAUGGAGCAGUUCCAGCAACUGUCCGAUCAUUAUCAACCAAGCCUACCGGGGCCGUUGAUAGGGAGCAGAAAGGCCCUAGCGGAGCUCGUGACUGAGUAUUCCCAAGCCGACCCAACCUAUGUGGCCAAAACAAAGGCGUUGGAAGCAACACAUACCGCGUAUCGGCGGAUCAAAGGUGACGGGCAGUGCGGCUGGCGUGGCGCUGUAUUUGGCUAUUUCGAAAUCCUCCUCCAAUCCAGAGAUUCCGGCCUAGUCGCCCAAGAAGAAGUCCGGCUGCGCAGCCACGAGCAGACCAUGCGCGCUGCUGGCAUCGACUACGAUAUCAUCACUGACAUGUUUGACUAUACCUGGGAGCUGUUCGAGGGAAUCAAAUCAGCCACGGAUCGUGGAGAUACCAACGAAGCGGUCCUACUUCAAUCUUUGAACGACGAGAACAUAUCGAACUCUAUCGUCUACCACUUCAAGAUGAUGACGAGCGCCUUUAUGGAACUUAAUCCAGACCGCUACGAAGCAUUCCUGGAAAUGUCAGUACAGCAAUAUCGCCUCACGAGGAUCGACCCUUCGAAUCAAGAGAUCGACCAUGUCGGUCUGCAAGCCCUCACGGAUGCGGUUAUUGCGCCCGCUUACAUCGCUGUCGAAGUCUCAUAUCUCGAUAGAAGCACGGGUGACGAAGUCACAGCGUACCGAUUCGUCGAUAACGCCAAGGGAUGGCCGACUAUCCGGUUAAUAUAUCGCCCUGGCCACUACGAUAUCAUCUACAAAGAUGAUCGCCUUCCUGUGCACAAUCCGCAACCAUUGCAGGUCUAUGUGCAAACGGAUGUUCCUCAAUACAUACAAGCUCCCCAGGAAGGAGUAUUCAGAUCAGGGAAUCCUGAUGUCCUAGGUGAACUGUCGUUUCUGUUUCCAAGUGCAGUACAGACAGUGCCUGCCACAUCGAUGUCCUAUGCGAACAACCAAGCCUUUUCGUCUGGCUACCAGCCUCAGCCGCCACUUGUAUAUGCGCAGAGAACCACGCCGCAGACCUCCUACUUUCCAGAGCUACCACCAACUGUUUUUCAUGCGACGAUACCACAACAUCCACCCCCACCAGUCCGGACACAAUCACUCCCAACCCAGGGCUAUUCUUCAGCAACGACUCAUCUAAUUCCUCAAAUUUCGCCUUCGCCUCAGUCUCCUCAACCGCCAUCACCAGUAACACCAACUUCUGUGACGACCAACAAAUCGAUCAUCUUACCUAAAUCGGCCGAGCCUCAAAUCAGGUACAACGAGAAUUGUUUCCAGUACAGCAUCGAGAAGAACAAGAGCAUACCUCUGGAUCCCGCAACGUUUGGCAGGUAA